UCACGUGUGCUCCACCUCGUCAUGUAGCGCAAAUUGCACUCUCCAAGCUUGAGCGAGUGAAUGGGAAAUCGCUACCCCAUGCCUAAAUGAUGUAGGACUGGAAGAGGAGGAUGCUUAUCUUAAUUUGAGAAAAUCAACCCAGUUUAUAUAUAAGGGUUCACCCUGAUUUAUCCCGGCAACACUAGACAGAAGACGACAAAAGGAGCAUAUCAAGUCUACAGAGAAAGCGAGGCAAGGAAAAUAUGGACAUAACGGACCAAGGAGCACAAAUGGAGCCGCUACUACCCUUGGAACCAGGCCCCCAGAGCCCUCAGAUACCUCAAGGAGACAAGAAUGUGAGGACUGAUGAGGAGGCAGUCCUGGACAGAGGAGGCACUCGCUCCAUGCUCAACACCAACUUUGAGAAGGAGGAGCUGGAAGGCCACCGGACCCUUUACAUCGGGGUCCACGUUCCCCUGGGGAGGAAGUCCCACCGACGUCACCGUCACCAUGGCGGCCACAACAAAAACAGCAGGAAGAGAUCCAAAGAGAGGGAAUCUGGGGUGGACGGCGAUGGCAGAGAAUCACCCUCCCACACAGACACUCCUGCCCAGAGGGUGCAGUUCCUUCUGGGGACAGAGGAUGGUGAUGAGGAGCACAUACCUCAUGCCCUCUUCACUGAGCUGGAUGAGAUCUGCCUGAGAGAGGGCGAGGAUGCAGAGUGGAAGGAGACCGCCAGGUGGCUGAAGUUUGAGGAGGACGUGGAGGAUGGAGGCGAGCGUUGGAGCAAGCCCUACGUGGCCACCCUGUCUCUUCAUAGCCUGUUUGAGCUGAGGAGCUGCAUCCUCAACGGCACCGUGCUGCUGGACAUGAGGGCCAACUCACUGGAGGAGAUCGCCGAUAUGGUCCUGGACCAGCAUGAGGUGUCGGCCGGGGUGGGGGAGGACGUGAGGAGGAGGAUCCGUGAGGCGCUCCUGAAGCAGCACCACCACCAGAACCACAAGAAGCUGGCCAACCGCAUCCCCAUCGUACGCUCCUUCGCCGAUAUUGGCAAAAAGCAUUCCGAGCCCCACUCCAUGGACAAGAACGGUCAGACUGUCUCUCCCCAGUCCCAGCCAGCCACCACAGAGGGCAAGGAACAUGUCAGCCGGGAGAACAGCCAUGUGGACUUCAGCAAGAUUGACCUCCACUUCAUGAAGAAGAUUCCCCCCGGUGCAGAGGCAUCCAAUGUCCUGGUGGGGGAGCUAGAGUUCUUGGAGCAGCCCGUGGUGGCCUUUGUCCGUCUGUGUCCUGCCGUGCUGCUCAACGGCCUAGCUGAGGUCCCCAUCACCACCAGGUUCCUGUUCAUUCUGUUGGGGCCUCUGGGAAAAGGACCACAGUACCAUGAGAUUGGACGAUCCAUCGCAACUCUGAUGACAGACGAGGUGUUCCAUGACGUGGCGUAUAAAGCCAAGGACAGGAACGACCUGGUGGCCGGCAUCGAUGAGUUCCUGGACCAGGUGACUGUGUUGCCACCUGGGGAGUGGGACCCCUCCAUCAGGAUAGAGCCGCCCAAAAACGUGCCCUCUCAGGAAAAGCGCAAGGUCCCUCCUCUACCCAACGGAGAUCUGGGAGAAGCAGAGGAACCUGGUGGCCAUGGAGGCCCAGAGCUACAGCGCACAGGAAGGUUCUUUGGAGGGUUCUUCAUGGACAUCAAGCGCAAGGCGCCCCACUACCUGUCUGACUACACGGACGCUUUGAGCCUGCAGUGUCUGGCCUCCUUCCUCUUCCUCUACUGUGCCUGCAUGUCUCCUGUCAUCACCUUCGGCGGACUGCUGGGGGAAGCCACCGAGGGACGCAUAAGUGCAAUUGAGUCCCUGUUCGGAGCCUCCAUGACGGGGAUAGCCUACUCCCUGUUCGCUGGGCAGCCUCUCACCAUCCUAGGCAGCACAGGCCCUGUUCUAGUGUUUGAGAAGAUUCUCUUCAAAUUCUGCAAGGACUAUGACCUGUCCUACCUCUCCCUGAGGGCCUGUAUCGGCCUGUGGACGGCGUUCCUCUGCCUGGCCCUGGUGGCUACAGACGCUAGCUCCCUGGUCUGUUACAUCACCCGCUUCACAGAGGAGGCCUUCGCCUCGCUCAUCUGCAUCAUCUUCAUCUACGAGGCCCUGGAGAAACUCAUCCACCUGGGGGAACACUACCCCAUCAACAUGAACAACAACCUGCAGAAACUCACCCAGUACUCGUGUGCGUGUGUGGAGCCAAAGGAUCCUAGCAACUCCACUCUGAGGUACUGGGAGGACAGGAACAUCACUGCAUCAGAGGUCAACUGGACCAGCAUGGAGGUCAAGGAGUGCUUUGUGUUCCGGGGGGAGUUUGAGGGCAGCGCCUGUGGCCCCCACGGACCCUACAUUCCUGACGUCCUCUUCUGGUCCGUGAUCCUCUUCUUCUCCACUGUCUUCAUGUCCGCUUUCCUCAAGGAGUUCAAGACCAGCCGCUACUUCCCCACCAAGGUGAGGGCCCAGAUCAGUGACUUUGCUGUUUUCAUCACCAUCCUCACCAUGGUCUUAGUGGACUACGCCCUAGGAAUCCCCUCACCCAAACUGCAGGUCCCCGACAAGUUCAAGCCAACCAGAGACGACCGUGGUUGGAUCGUGAACCCAAUAGGACGCAACCCGUGGUGGACCACCAUAAUCGCGGUCCUCCCUGCGCUGCUCUGCACCAUCCUCAUCUUCAUGGACCAACAGAUCACGGCUGUUAUCAUCAACAGGAAGGAGCACAAACUGAAGAAGGGCUGUGGCUACCACCUGGACCUGUUUGUGGUGGGGGUGAUGCUGGGGGUGUGUUCUGUGAUGGGCCUGCCCUGGUUCGUGGCGGCCACAGUGCUCUCCAUCUCCCACGUCAACAGCCUGAAGCUGGAGUCAGAGUGCUCGGCCCCCGGGGAACAGCCCAAGUUCCUGGGGAUCAGAGAGCAGCGCUUCACCGGCCUCAUGAUCUUCCUACUCAUGGGCUGCUCCGUCUUCAUGACCUCUGUCCUCAAGUUUAUCCCCAUGCCUGUACUGUAUGGAGUGUUCUUGUACAUGGGAGCGUCCUCGCUGAGAGGUAUCCAGUUCUUUGACCGUCUCAAGCUGUUUGGCAUGCCGGCCAAGCACCAGCCAGACUUCAUCUACCUGAGACACGUCCCCCUGAGGAAGGUCCACCUCUUCACCAUCAUCCAGCUCAGCUGCCUGGUCCUGCUGUGGGUCAUCAAGACCUCAAAUUAUGCCAUCGUCUUCCCCAUGAUGGUGUUGGCUCUGGUGUUCAUCCGUAAGCUUCUGGACUUCAUGUUCACCAAGAAGGAGCUGAGCUGGCUGGAUGACCUGAUGCCUGAGUGGAAGAAGAAGAAACUAGAGGAAGGAGAAGAAGAGGAGGAGCCCAGUAUUAUAGUGGAGGAGGAGGAGGGGAUAGUCAAUUUGCCACUGGAAGGAAAUUACAAGAGCGAUCCCGCGACGGUGAACAUUUCCCACGAGAUGUCCAAAGGCUCCUUCGGGAACGUGUGGAAUAGUAUUAGUCCCAGUGACAGCGCCAAGAAGGAGCCAAGCUCCAAAAGCUCCCCUUCCUAACCUCUCAGAAGCUCAUUAUCCCAAAGCGGUUGCGAGAGAGGACAUAAGAGGAAGGACUCAAAGUUGGACAGGGAGACGAGUUUGUGAUCCAUGCCGGCUUCGUCACCGCUCUGCGGAAAAUAACUCAUCUGACGUGCCACACUCGACCACCUCUGAACUUUGCUGCACCAUGCGUUCUCGUCAUGUAAGACUGUGUGUGUGUGUGUGUGUGCAACUCAUGUAAAUCUUUUAGAAACAGUGUUACCCUAUGGAGGAACCAACAAACAUUAACUGUGAUUAUUUUCUAUGUAUGUCAAUGUAUGGUGAUACCAGCAACAGAGGAAGCAAGGAAUUCAUAUUAUUAUGUGUAUCUACCCGUGGGCCAAUUUAUUACAUAUGUAGGAUCUUAAUUUGAGAAAGUUUUGUACAGUAGGAAAAUAAUCCUGAAGUAACAUGAAAUGAGUGGAUUAUAAUUAAUGGACAUUUUUGUAAGGGCUGAACAUAUUUUCAUAAGGUAAAAUCAAGUCUGAAAUUUUUUGGUGAAAAUUACAAAACUUCAGAAGCCUUUUUAAACCGUAAAUACACUACAUGUUUUACAAGUAUUUCUGCAACAGGGUGAUCAAAUUAAGAUCCUACAUCUGUGUCAACCAAAUGGUUUUUAAAGAAACUUUACUUUUUAACGGAAUCGUUUGUAUUUUGUAUGUUUUUUUUUCUAUUUUUUCAACAUAGUAAUCCUUUAAAAAAAAAUCUAUUACAAUAUACAAUGAAAAUCUUGUUCAUGGAAUAAGCAAUGUGUGUUUUGUUUUGUAAUUUGACAUCACUAUCGGGUCUGUGCACUUAACGAUACGAAAACAGUAUACUGUAUAUGUAUCAAAAUAAAUUUGAAUGCUCAUUUGUAAAAUUUUCGCUGACAUUUUCCUGAAGAUUUGUUGAUAGUAUUUUUUUCUCCAUUACAGUGUGGAGGCAAGUCAGUGUUAUAUUUCAGGCAUUGGGGACCAUUACAUUCCAGUUAGCAUAGCCCUGCCAUUCUAUACCUAUUGGGAAUGUGAUUCCUAUAGGGUUAGAACAUCUUGUAGUAAUUUAUAGGAUCUCUGGAUUUAACGAUCAAAUUGUCUCUGAAGUCUUCAGAUGACCGUGUAGAGAUACAGAGCCUUCAGAAAGUAUUCACAACGCUUGACCUUUUCCCCAUUCUGUUGUUACAGCCUGAAUUUAAAAUGAAUCAAAUUGAUUUUCUUUGUCACUGGCCGACACACAAUACCCCAUAAUGUCAAAGUGGAAUUAGGUUUUUAGAAAUUAACAAAUUAAUAGCUCAAAUGUAUUGACUCAGGGAGUCGAAUACUUAUCUAAUAAAGAUAUAUUCCUGUUUUUUUUUCUCCAUUUUUACAGAUGUUAGAAUUUUAUUCCAAGUUGACAGAGUAUUUUGUAUAGCUCUUUGACAAUUUUUUUCUUUUACAAUUAAAAUCAAUUUUAAUCCCACUUUGUAACACAAAAUAUGGAAAAAGUCAAGUGGUGUGAAUACUUUCUGAAGGCACAGUACAUGUACAUCUGUGCUCCACGUACAUACAAAUGUGUUUUACCGGCAUAUCGUUCCAGUCACCCUGUCGGUACGUUAUGUGAUAUCUUCUCCUGCAUUCCAGUUUGUUUGACACCUACAAAGUGAUGUUGUGUUCUGAUGCUGAACUACCAGUAACUGUAUUUAAACACCUGCACAAAGGUGAAUCAAACUUAGCUGUGUCUUUCGACAGGGAUGUUGUGGUUAAUUGAUAGAAAUGCAAUAAUAGCUUUGUGAGAAAGGGCAAAAUGUAAUCAAGUGAAGACUCUUAACGAUGUUCAACACAUAGUAUAUUUUAUUCAUGUUUAAAAUGUUACUAAUAUGUUACUAAAAACGUUGAAUUGGGGUAACCGAAAACGUGUGGUUUUUAUGUUGUCGACGUCUCUCCCGUUGUACUGUGUUGUGGUGGACUUUACUUAUUAAAGAAAUAAUAAUGGGUCAAUAUCAAAUUUUGGCCACUUGUAGAAAUCUGCCUUAAAAUGUAGUAUUGAUAGCUGAGAAGACAAGUUUAUGUUUCAGAAUUGAUCGACUCAUCUGUGUAAAAUGAUCCAUUCAGAUAUUGGUUGUUCUAUUAUAAAUGUGAUUUGUUAUACGAGAGAAAGAGAAAUGUAGGAAACAAUAAAGUGACUCAAGCAUC